AUGGCAGAAGAGGAUAGGAAUUACUUGAGGUUUUUAUGGCAUCGUGAUAAUGACCCAGACAGAGAACUUGUGGAAUACAGAAUGUGUAAACAUGUUUUUGGAAAUUCACCAUCUCCAGCAAUUGCCACAUAUGGUCUGAGAAAGGCAGUCAAUGUAGAUCCUACAGCAAGUGAGGAGGUAGUGAACUUCGUUAACAGGAACUUUUAUGUAGACGAUGGUCUGCUUUCGACAACAACACCAGAGAAAGCUUUUGAAAUAAUGAAAAAGACACAAGCUGCUCUAUUGACUGGUGGAAAUUUGCGCCUUCAUAAGGUCGCUUCCAACAACAAGGAUGUUGUCAAUGCAUUCCCACCAGAGGAGAGAGAAUCAGAUCUGGAAAAUAUGGACUUAAGUGUCAUGGAUGAUGUUCCACUUCAAAGAAGUUUAGGACUACAAUGGAGCUUGCAAACGGAUUCAUUUGCAUUUCAAGUGAAGUUUGAAGAGAAGCCAUUUACUAAAAGAGGUGUCUUGUCUACUCUCCACAGCAUUUUUGACCCUCUUGGGUUUGUUGCUCCAUUUAUUCUCCUGCGUCGCAUGAUUUUUAGAGAGCUGAUGGAAUUGUCUUGUGACUGGGAUGAACCCUUACCUGUAGAAAUUGAGAGACGAUGGAGAGAAUGGAAGAAUAGUGCAAGUGAUCUGUUUCCAAGGAUGUUCACUUCUAUUCCGUUCAAUGAGGCCAUUAGGACAGAGCUCCAUGUAUACUCAGAUGCGUCAGAGCAAGGCGUGGUAGCAGUGGUAUAUCUGAAGGUUUUCAGGACAGAUGACGAAUAUGAGUUUGGUUUUGUAUUUGGUAAAUCCCAACUCUCACCCAGACAUGGGCAUACCGUACCUAGAUUAGAACUUUGUUCCGCUGUUUUAGCAUCUGAAAUUGCUACCGCUGUAACAAGGCAGUUAGACAGUCCAGUUGACGCUACAUACUUCUACUCUGAUAGCAAGGUUGUCUUAGGAUAUUUAAGCAACAGGACAAGAAGGUUUUACACAUAUGUAAGUAACAGGGUAGAAAGGAAAUUGCGUGUUUCACAGCCAGCUCAAUGGAACUACAUUCCCUCGGAGCAAAACCCAGCAGAUGUGGGAACAAGAGGAGUUCAAGCAAAGAAUCUAGCAGAUAGAUCAAAUGGUAAAUCCAGAUGA